AUGUCUUCGAUUGCCAUAUAUCUUCAGCUUACCAACUAUAGGAAACCGUUCGAGCAAAGGCUAGUGGUUCGUAUACUUUUGGUAGUGCCUAUGUUUGCUGUUACAUGCUACAUAUGCUUAGUCAACUAUACGGUAGGAGUAUAUUUUGAACCAAUUAGAGAAAUAUAUGAGGCAUUUGUCAUUUACACCUUCUACAAACUGUUGGUACUUAUGCUUGGAGGAGAAAGAACCAUCAUACGAAAUGCCCAAAGCAAAUCACCUACCAGCCAUUUCUUUCCUGCCAGGCUUUUCCUACGAAAGAUCGAUAUUUCUGAUCCAAAGAGCUUCCUAAUGAUCAAAUCUUGCAUUUUACAAUAUGUAUGGGUGAAGCCUUCGCUAUGCAUUAUAAUAGGAAUCAGUUCAGCGUUGGGAUUUUAUAAUGUCAACGAUAUAUCCAUCAGCAGCGUGUAUUUCUGGGUGGGUGUCAUUUACAAUCUUAGUGUAACAAUCUCCUUGUACUUUCUUGCUCUUUUCUGGAAGUGUCUUUACGAUGAGUUGAAGAGGUUCAACCCAUGGCCCAAAUUUCUGUGCGUCAAAGUGAUCAUCUUUGCAUCCUAUUGGCAGGGUUUGUUUAUUGGCGUAUUGAACUGGUUGGGCGCUUUCCACGAUGAUAUCGGUAUUGAGCGUGGAACGAAUCUGGGAAUGCAGAUACAGAAUGCCUUGCUAUGUUUGGAAAUGGUGUUUUUUGCGUGGCUUCACUGGACAUCUUUCCCGUACACAGAGUUCACUAGCGAUAAGUUCCCUGAUGCUGCCAGAGUUAAAACCUGGCUUGCCUUCAAAGAUUGGAUCAGCAUUGGAGAUCUUCUCUAUGAUAUAAAUCUCACGAUAAUGAAAGGAGACAGCUAUAACUUUCGGAAUUUUGACUCUGUAAAUGAUCUCGCUGUUUACAACAAGUCCGAGACAUUUACUAAAAAGAUUUAUCAGGGCUUGAGAGUGUCAAGGGACGGUAGCAAGCACUGGAUUCCCGUGUCGCCUAGUAAUAGUCGAGCUGGGUCGUUUUCUGGAACAUCUGCAUCAGUCAAAUCGAUUGCUGUCACUCAGACGCUGUCGGCAGUACCUAAUCAAAAGACUCCACUACUCACCGAGACUCCCCAAAAGCAGUAUUUGGGUAAGUUACCUCCGUUUUUGGAUUACGACAAUAGUGGCAGACGAGGAACAUCAACAGAAAUGAACAGAGGAGACUCAUUUUCCAGUACGACAGUUCAAGCAGAAAGUGUAAUUAUAGAUCAAUACGACCCUGCAAAUGAGGAUUUGGCUAGGGAUGAAAAACUGUACCAUUACGUGAAAGACCACUACAUUAAUGAGGAUAAAAUCAAUUAUCCUGUUGAGUACGACUAUAAAGAGAUCGCUUAUUCCAACAAGAUUACAAAAAUGCGCCAACAACUUUCUUUAGGUACCACUGCUGAUGACAAUGAAGUGGCUUAG